AUGUCCGUGUGUGUCGUAUUAGCUCAAUUUGACAGCCUGGUGGCCCGGAUGGAAUCUUUCAGCUCAAGGCUUAGCACCAAACGAAUUCGCCCAACAACAGAUCAACUGAAUGAGUUCCAGAAUCUGCAUGUGAGAUUCAAGGCAAUAUUAGCAGAUUACGACACCGGCGUUGAAAGACUGUUAACCACGGGACUGCCGGACGAAAAUGACAUUUCUAUCGCAGAUCGCGUUCGGUCCGACAAAGAUUCCAGACUAGUCACCUCCUCGACUUUAACGACACUUAAGAGGAACAUAGUUCUUAUCUUUACGGGACCGAAAAUAUCUAAAUUGGAUUCCAGUCAAGUGAAGACGAAGAAUAAGCAGACUGAAUCGCGAUGCGGGAGGCUUCGGUCUCAGCACAGCCAUGUUAUUCUUAUGUGGGCAAUGGCUCUUCAGCCAUCGACCUGGAGAACUUCAGGGGGAAUGACAGACAAGACUUUUUUCUUCCUCAUGGAUGACCUCCAGGAAGAGCGAAUGAAGCAAAUUCCGCCCAAGAUAUCAGAUACAUUACAAUCGCUAGCAGAAGAGGAACCUUUGAAUACCUCCGACUUAUUCAAGAAGUUCAUUGAAGAUGUUCGGAAGUCAGCCGUUGGUCAAGAAGAAUCAGCCGUAUUACGGACGACCCUGAAGCGAAAACGCAUAACAGAAAUUCCAAAAUUCUCAAGGCAAUACGAAUUGGUCGAUAAAGACAUGCGAAGAGGGGACUCGACAAAUCCCGAAUUGUGCCAGCAUGCUGCCGGUGAUAUGCCAAAAAUACAGGGAGGCAGACAUGUUCAGCCUCACCUAUCGCCAAGCUGCCAAUGCUUGGAGACAGGCUCUUCAGCGCACUUCAAAGCAGUCAUCAAUGGCAAUGGGAACGCACAGUAG